CCGGAGCGCUGGCUGGCUCGCCGACAAAAGCGGGUAUUAAUGACACAAGGUGGUGCAUGCUGAUAGCACACGAUCGGCAGCUGGUCACGUGACGAAUACUCUUUGGAGGAUUGCCUUGAUACCCGACUUGACUGCCCUGGGAGGAAACUCUGCAAGAAGGCCAGCGGGUGCACAGAUAGGAGGGUAGCUUGCUCCCAGACAAGUCACGUUUCGUGUUUGGUCGACCUCGGAACCCAGCUAGCGGUGUUUGAGCAUGUUCCGCUUGACUGCCCAUCGUGGUGCUCUUUCACACAGUCUUGAACCCAUGUAAAGCAAGCUUGUCACAAGCUGUGUUACUGUGUCUUCAGAUUGGACAAUUCAGUCGAGACCACUACUUGGACACAAGGCGGUCAGCUCGCCCGUGCCGUGAGCGGGUCUGUGGGAUUGAUCGUCGUCAUCAAAGAAGUGUGGCGGUGUUUACCUGUGGCAUUACACGACCGUCACGGUUCAGCGUGCUACGGGCACGCACACACUCACCGGCACGCGCACAGUCGGCGCAUUUUCUGUUCCUUCAAAACAACGAGGAGAAACUCCGCCAGGGAAUGGCCAAGAACGAUGCUAAAGAAGAAACACUCUACAAAGUUUUAGUGGCAAUGUUUGUCCUCUUCCUGGGAGUCUUUGGCCUGACAGGUCUGGUGAUCGGUGCUGUCAACGUGGACAAGUGCAGCGGCUCGUGGCUGUUGCCCAUCUGUCUGGUCACCAACGGAGUCCUGUGGAUGCUGCCAUCGGGAAUUUUCUGUCUCAUCAACUGCCUGCGGAAAUCGGACGACAUCGACAGCCUGUUGUGCUGCAUGGAGAAGUUGUUUUUCCUGGGGUUCGCCUUCAUUGCUGCAUACUCUGUCUAUGUGCUGGUCCUGGUUUCUCAAGUCAAAGCUCUGGACAGUCUGUGCACACACAGCUGGUUACCGCCCCUGGCACUGGCUGUCGUCGUCAUCGACUGGAUCCUUUCCGCCAUCUUCCUCCGCAUGUUCUGCGUGGUGCAGCUUCCGCCGACAGAAGCUGUCACCAGACCCAAAGAGUUCCGUCAUCUGCGCGACCUUCCACCUCUUGUGAUUCCAUGGAAUCGUCAUCGUCAGAUUCGUUAUUGACACGCUCUUGGUCCCUCCGUCACUAUUACCUCCCCCUGACUCUCAUCUCAACCCCUAUCCACCCCUAUAUUACUGACUCAGAAAAAAAAACUCACGUUCUCAGGUAAAUGUUAAAUAGUUGACUGGUCUGUAGAUGCAGUUUCUACCUACUGUUCUGGAAUUCGUAGAUAACUGCGUUUACAUACAAGAGUUCUCUCCCUUACAGAUGCACUUAAAUGCGUCACGCUUGUCCAGAUGACAGUUGUGACAGUCGUUCAGCAUGACAGAAUGCAGGGAACUAAAGUAACAAACAUUGUGAAUACGAGGGCAACAUAUUCAGCAGCAGUAAUGUUAGGAAAGUGAGAAUGACGAAUGUUCACAGAGAAUGCAGAAUGUCUAGACGGUGUGAAAGUGAUGAAUGUGCUGAAGAUCACAGAAUGACUAGUUGGACCAGCUGCGCAGACGACCAAGCUGAUAUUUUUGUGAAGUUUUGGAAGCUCAUUGUGACAUUUUCAUCCCUUUAAAUCUGUCGUUUAAAGGGAAACUCCAGGCAACUAGCAAGCUGGGCUUAAAUGAGAAGGAAUCACGUGGUGUGAAUCGUCCCUGUCAGAAUUAAAGGUUCUGUGGAACUCUGGGGCUAGUUGCACAACAUGUUUCGAAAACGGAAAACUGUUUUAAAGAAGCAAAUUUACAAAACUUUCUUUUGGAAAUUGAUUUGAUUCCAUUUAAAUGUUUCGCGAGUCAAUAAGGGAAAUUGUGAUGACGAAGAUGAAAGACUGGAUUAAACAGGUUUAUCUUCUUUAACACAAUUUUAAUUAUUUUUAAGUUCUAAAAUUGUUGUUGGGUAUUGUGUUUUUAUACAUGUGAUCAUCGAAAGAGUUUAAAGACUUAAAAGUGAUUAAAAUUAGAAAUGUGUUGUGCGGCUGGUUCUCGUAGGUCGCCAUGAUCUGUUGUCGAGUGAUGUUCACGGCUGCCAUAUCCCACCCAAGCACUGGAAUCCUGGAUUUGAAGAUUUCGCCAUAAAAAUGUUGAUUAAAAUUGGGCGAACUGGAAAUUACUGGCUUUAUAAAACAUAAGAUUCAUAAUAGCAUAAUGUUUGACCGGCUUUGCCAAACAGUCUUGAUGGUCACAUGGAGGCAAUGAGGAGGACUUUGGUGACAUGACACCGUUGGUCAGCACGCCGAGAUAAUUACAAACUUGUUUACUAACACACAGUCGAUGUUUUUGUCAAUCAGUUGAGGAGUUUGACACCUCAGCACUUCACAAAACCGAUGUUUUUUCGUUUGAGCCCAACUUGCUGGUUUGUUGUAAGUGGCUGUGUGUGCUACAUGCCUGACAUGUGUGUUUUAUGUAUUCAUGUCUCACACCACGUGACACGACAACUGCACCAUUGUGCGAGCUCGGCAAACUUGGACAUUUUUGUAGACUGCGAUUUUUGCCUCUCCCUUGUCUUUUUCUGUUUAUAUUUGUGGCAGACCGUAUUGCAAACAAUACCUACUCUGUCGUGAACUUUGUAAAUAUCAUUUGCGAAUGAAUAAACGACACGAGAUUUUUUUCUUUUUUUUUAAAGAAUAUUAUUCCAUCAGGUGACUACAGAAACAACCUCGGCCAUUGUCCUCUAACCCAGGUAUGCAAGUUGUACUUAAACCUCGCCAAGCUUUACAUGUUGACGCUGAGACAAGAUGUUGUUGUUGUCUCACAGAGCUGAACUGCUGACUGGUCAGCAAUAGGAAAUUUCCUUUAACUCGACUUAAUACCGAAACCAAAGAAAAUUAAAUUUUGCAAUAAUUUCCUUUCCUAUUGUUUUUUGGUACAUUACCAUUGCUAACUGUCUACAUGGGUUUUCAAUCUCCGAGCUAAUUAUUUGUACAUAAAGGCAAAUUAACAGCCUCUUGGGUUCAUCGUAAUGUCAAAGGUCAUUCAUUCUAUUGUUACAGAUCACAGUACAUUUGGUUGUACCAGUAAUUUUUAUAUUAAAUCCUUGCAUAAUUGCUAGUCUCAUCAAACACCUGACCAACCUCAGACUCAAUGUAGAACAGAUUAACGCCAUACACUACUUGUCUGCCACAAGAGGUCGCCACAUGCUGUGACCGGCUUGGCCAUGACCCCUGAGGUAUACAUACCUCUGCUCUAUCGGUACCUCUGGGGUCUCUAGACCUCGAGUCCAUGUCGCGGGUUUCCAUCGAGAUCCCCUCUUCCUGGCUGUUGGCCAUUGGUUGACAUCUCCAUGCCUCCAGUCCAUCGGUAUCUAAAUCUUCAGUUUAAAUUAGCUUGAACUCUAGUCCAUGGAUACUUCUGAUGUAUCUGGAGUAUUUAGUGGAUACCUCUGCGGUUUCUAGACAUCUAGUUUAUGGGUACCUCUGAGGUAUCCAGAUUUUGGACUUCAGAUGUGAGGCGCGUUACUGGAGAAUUCUUCUUGAACCAUGUGUUCGUGACAGCCGCACUGUGGUCUUAUUUGCUAAUACUGUGUUUAUAUUUUAACCAGACGCAGUCUCCAUUAAGAUUGGUCAUACAGCUUUAGAAUAAAGAGAUUUCUUCCUUCUCAUAUGUUGCCAGUAUUGAGGUUCAUUGUGCGUACAGUGUGCGUUACCUUUGUGCCAUUUAGACAGCACGUCACUUCUACUCUAUAAUGUUGUUGUGAUAUAUAUAAUUUAUAUAUAAUGACCUUCUACACUCGUAUAUUAUUUUAUUUAAUUCUGUGAUAUCGUCAAAAUUUUUUGCUACAGCUGUGAUAUUUAAUUUCUUUUCACUUUAGUAAAUAACCUAUUGACACUUUAAAAUAGUCAUCGAUGUUGAAUUAUUUUUAAACAUUUUAUAGUUUGUUUCGUUGUUAUAUAUUACUAUUUUUUAUUUUGUUCAUUCUUAAAUGAGAAACUAGAUGGCAUUAUACACAUAAAUUACCUGUUAUGAAAUAAUUAUAAAUUGAAAACAAUCAAGAUGCAAAUAAAAUA